AUGGUAAAAUCUGGAGAAGACUUCAAUGUGGUUCUGAAUGAUGAAGAAAAGAUAGGGGGUAAUCCUAUUCAACCUCAGGAUAUAGAAGACUUUGCUUUUUGCAUAAACUCCUGUGAUCUCAAGAGGAUAUUGGUGAAUUCACUGCUUCUGGACAACUUUGGAAAUAUUGAAGUGGAACAUCUUGCAAGAACUGGAUCAGAUCAUGCUCCACUUCUGUGUACCUAUGGUGAUAAGCAUCUGAAUCAGCCGAAUUGGUCCACUUGGGAGCAUGAGGAUCCUUUCAUAAACUUCAAAAGCAAGAUGAAAAAGUCUGAAAGGAGUGUUAUCCAAAUGGAAGCGAGGGAAGUGUUUGGUGAUAUAUUCAAGCAACUGAUCAUAAGGGAGGAAAUAGUGAGAUUAAAGGAAGAGUUGUUUGAAGAAAAUCCAAGCCAACUUAAUAGAAUGGUUUUGCAGAAAGCUCAGGCUGAGACUAAAAGAUAUUUGCAUUAUGAAGAAGAGUACUGGAGACAAAAAUCAGGCCUGGAUUGGUUUGUAGAUGGAGACAAAAAUACUAGAUUUUUCCAUAAUCUAGUAAAGGGAAGAAGGAAGAAACUGCAGAUCAAAAGAAUUCAAAAUUCAGAUGGUUCAUGGAUUGAGGAUGAUGACCAAAUGGCAGAUGAGGUUGUGCACUUUUAUUCUCAACAGUUUUCACAAGAAGAGUUAAUUGGAGAUGAAAAUUUGUUGUCACACAUUUCUGUUUUGAUUGAUCAAAAUAGAAAUGAUCUACUGUGUCAAAUGCCUAGUGUUGAGGAAGUCAAAAAAAAUUGUUUUCAACCUUAG